UUAAAAAUAAAUUGGCCAGGACGUUGUAAACAGGUCAAAAAACGGUCCCAGACACAAGGCAUCGACUCUGAAAGGCCCCCGUGACCUAGAAUCUAGAGCACGCUCGGUUCUUGUGGUAUUGACUAUCGAGUGGGUUCUGAUCUACACACUAGGUGUCGCAAGGCCUGCCUAUCGAUUGCAUGUUGAUCAAAGUCUGGAACAGGUGAACUAUCGGCUGCUUGAUCACGCUGAGCAUCCAGCAUGGACAACCAGGGCAGAUCUAUGGCUGGUCAAGUUUGUUUUCGUAUUGGCCAGUUCAUUUUGUUGGCAGGGGAAAUUUGUUUCAUCGUUGCCAUAGCAACAUCUUACUGGGUCGUUCGACCAGUCAUUAACUUUAAAAAAGAAGGAAUCAAUCCUAAUGAGACGGUGGUGACACAAAAUUUUGGAAUAUUCCACGCCUGCAGACAGCCUGUGGUGACAGCUGGUGACGAUCACGGCAGACAUCUGUGUGGUGCCCUGUGGGACAACUUGAACUACAUUAGUCCUCAUGCUGCUAGGUAUGUCCAGUUUGUCAUGAUCAUUGCUGCCCUGCUCUAUGGUGUGGGUGUAGUGCUGGAGAUUAUUCAACUUGUGCCCAUACACAAGUAUAGAAAUUUUAUUGCCAAGAACAGAAUGGUUGAGAUGUUUUCAAGCAUUGCUACUGUCCUGGUACUGCAGGGAAUUCUAAUCUUUGCUGGAGAGAUCAAAAGUAAAGCCCAGCGUGUCAGUGGUCAGGAGCAAGAACAGUCAGGGUGGUCCUUCAUCAUAGCAGUCAUUGGCCUGCUCUUGUGUAUCAUAGGUCUAGUGCUGGUCACCAUGUUCAGAGAGCUGCCAAUACCUGGCCUAGAGAAGGAAGGGGGAAGCUGGCUCAAAGCCACAAAAAAGAGAACAGACACCACAAGCAGCUCCCGGCUAGAUUCAUGAGAUGUCAGUGAUGUGAAUGGAUCAUGUUUUAUUACUGUGUACCCAGAGUGUACAUGUGGGGGAUAGCUACAAGUUUUUUUUUUAAAAGGUAGCAACUAAACUUGUAAUUACAUUUUAAUUGUGGGCUGUUUUAUAAGUAUAAUUAAACAUUAUGUUGAUAUUAAGAUUUGAACUUUUUAAGUUUAAACUGCGCAAGAUUGAUAAAUGUUAUAAAUAAAAUUGUUUACGCUCUCAUGUCAUUCUAUGUCUGUACCAACUGUUUCUCAAAUUGUCUUUAAAAAAAUUAAUGGCCUUAGCCUUAAGCAUUUUUUCUAACCUAUAAGUAAGAAAAAAAAUGUUAGAUGAAAAUGUUUCACUUUUCACAUAAUCACAAGUAUAUGUUAUUGUUGCA